GUGCUGCUGAUUGUAAUGGACGUGAUAGGUUGUUGAACAGUUGCACCAUUUGGAACAGAAAGCAUACUGUGGGAGGAAAACCCAAGCAUCGAGAAAAUACAUUAUCGGUCCUUCUGUAGUGACAAACAGGUGAGCGAGAUGUGAAACGAAAUGUAGUUGCCAUGAAGACAAACCAUCGUUUUCAAAGCUUGGGUGCAGCUAAAUGAAAGGUUUGUCCCGCUGUUGAAGCUGGUAUAUCGCUAAAAUCGCUGAUUGUCGCCAUAAUCGCUGCCACUUAAUUAUGAUGGCGGUGGACAAGAACAAUGACGCGAUGUCUUGGAAGUGGACUCGAGAAUUCUUUCAAGUGUUGGAGGGCGUGGCUCUAGACUAGCGGGUACCGACAUUCCGCGAGUUUUUCCAGGCCUGUCUGCAGCUUUUGUCUUUAGCAUAAUGCAACACGUGAGGGGACACGUGAGGACUGAUGCGAUUACGCGCUCGUGUCCGCACGCGUGUAAGCUGACCACACCUCACUUGUGGCACGUGUCUGGCAGGGUUGGGGAGGAAUGGGGGUGUGGUAUGUUUUGACGGCGAUGCGACAGAGGAAAGAGGCUGCCCAUGAGUGGGAAUAACUGGAGGGAAGGAAGUGGGGAGCUCUACUUAACUCAUUUUGUUACUUGGUUAUCAAGAAAUGUCAGACUGUGCACCUAGAUUUGAAGAACGUGAUUAGCGAUACCUCAUAUACCGAUAUCAAUCACUAAAUUUCAAUAACUAUUUUUUCAACCUACAGAUCAAUACUAGAAAAAAAUAGUAUGUCCUCUGUAAGGGAAAUAGAAAAAUCGUAUAAACUCAUUCUUUAAUGAUUCAUUGCCCGACUCAGCCAAGCACUGCCAACACUUUUAAGUCGCAGAACCACGGUCUCGUGCACGUUUAUACUUUGGCAUCAUUUUAGCUAAUAGGCUUUCCAGAGUUUCUAUGGCAACCAGGUGCACUGUGCAUCACUCAUAAUUAAUUACAGCAGUGUUUCGUGACCACAGAGUCCGCACGCUGAAUAAUUUUCCGCACUUUGGCAAGAACGGCGUAGCUCGUCGCUCUGUUGACAGCCAAAAGGGAGCAAACGGAAAGAAGAUGGACAACAGCUACUGCCCUUUAAUCCUCUGUAUCGUCUCUCGAUAUCGUUUUUAGUUGAUGAGGCUAAGUGCAGCCAUAUGCUAUAUAUGGUCUCUCGUGUCAGCACUUAUCUCAAUCGGACCCGGCUGCAGUCUCGCAAUACCGAGAGGGAAUCGUACAACAAGGUAUGCAUAGCUUCUGAAUGUUUCAGUGUAAGAUAAGAAAGUGGCAGCAGUUCGGAAAACGAGAGAGCAUGUUGCUCUCUCUACCUCCCAUCUUACCCCAUUUAUUGAAAGCAUUAGUAUAAUGUUUGUAAUUAAAACCCUAAAAGUUAUGGCCAAGAAAAAUAAAACCUCUUCAAAGGUUACCCUUCUCAGACGCAUGACCUUAAAGUAUUAACAAUGACUGUUACAAAAAGAACGUUUAAAAAAAUGCAACACCUUUGAUUGCCUGCUUUACUCCGAAACAGAAACCUGAGGAAACAGUGUAACAGUCAGCCUUUUUUCUCACAGCAUCAAGCUAAUAAUCAUGCCUUGGGCCAACAACAACUCCGAUUUGGCCAACUACAUGUUUCUCAUGACAACAGACAACCUGUCGCUAUCAGCGAGGGACGAAUAUAUUCUAACAAAAAUCUCCCUGGCUGGCUGCGGACUGUCCAUAGUGGGAUCUCUGCUGUCCGUAUUUCUCAUCUGCUAUGUCCCAAUUCGAAGUGAUGGCUUGUUCUCUAUUGGAAAUCUUUGCUUUGCUUUACUGAGCGCCCAACUCGCCUUCGCAGGAGCCGAGAAUGCUUUUCCUGUACAGGUCAUGUGUAAGAUCUCAGCGGCCAUUUUACACUACCUGUUCCUCACCUUCCACUGCUGGGCUCUUGCUUAUUCGAUCCACUUGGUCAUGAAGCUGUUCCACGUGUUGCCUGGCUUGCGCUGGAAACGGCGUUGUAUUCUGGUAGCUGUGGGCUGGGUCGCGCCUGUUAUCAUCGUCGCCGUCACGGCAGUCAUCGACGCAGACUCGUAUGAGGCCGGCCGUCUAUGCUGGCUGAGUGAAAAGACCAACGCUAGAUGGGCUUUCGUCGGACCUGUUACCUUUAUAAUGAUCGUGAAUUUUGCAGUCAUGAUCCUGAUGUUGGGCAUGAGAUACCUACUGGACACCAAGCGAGAGUAUAUGCCACUGAAGAAGCUUAAGCACAUGGCGGCGAUUGUAUGCACCCUCUGGCCCGUGUCAAGUUUACCCUGGGCUUUCGGCUUGGCUCGGUCUAACGACAGACUGCCCAUGUACAUCUUCGUUGUCCUCAACUCUGGCCAGGGCCUCUUCAUCUUUCUGUUCCACAUGCUGCUGAGCGCUCAGAUCCGAAGCUUACUUCGCACGCGCAUGAAUGGCGAAGGCGAGCCGCCAGCAGGCAACGAAAUGCACAUGUCCAAGAGUGGCAGCACGGGGCCCAGCAAUGAUGCCACGGAGUCGUCCAUCGUCAACGUCGGCUGUGGCAUGAAGAACAUCGCCUCUCGCCGCGGCUAACCGUGGGACUGGGCGGGGUUGGGGGAGAGAGGGACGAGGCGUUGUGCUGUGACGUCACAGCUUCUCAUGUCCACAGCGGCCAGCGCCUCUGUGAUGCUGGAGUGGGGGGAACAUGUACGGCUCCGGUCUGUCUUCGGUCAUUGCCAGUUAUGUCUUCUUUAAUAUCCGGUUAUAUUGCAAGCGAUGUGUUCUUUAAUAUCCGGUCAUAUUGCAAUCAAAGGCACCCGGUUAGUCGUGUUAUUGUUGCAUGUUGUUAUUAUUGAUCCUCGUCGUCCGUCUGUUCACCAUCAACUAUUAACUCAACACGCUUUCAUUAAUUUUGAUGUGUUUAUACCCUAUUGUUUUGAAAUAAAACAGUUUUCGCUUGAAGUCGAUUAAAAUCAUCAUUCAGCACCAAUUACAGUCUGCUGGUCCUCAUCAAGGGCGACAGAUGUAUUCUACAAACUGAAACAGUAAAUGCUAACAUCUACUUUUUUUGUCUGUAGACAGUUCUGCCUAUGUUCAACGUUUAAUUUAAGCUGAGGUCCUACAGGUGCGUAAGGGUAGUGUUUUAUACUGCAUUUACGCUUUCUUUGUUUUGUAAGUCUAUACAGUAUUUUGAUGAGAAUCAUCAAGACAUUUGAGUUUCAGCACACUAUCUAGCCCGUGCAGUGCGUUUCACAAAACGAUUCCCACCCAGCAAGCAUGGCCGAAAGUGGUUUUCCUCUACAGCUAUAGGCAAGUGCGCCGUAAGACUGUGAACUGUGUUCAGUUGACAUAGAAUUAUUCAUCUCGCAAGUGUCAGAGCAACGUGACCACUUACCCAAGCCUGCGUCUGUACACUGUAGUUGUUGACCCAUAUGCCACUUUAUUUACUCCCACAUGACACCGCGUGUAUAGCAGCAAUAAUAAAUAGAUUUUGUUCUGAAGUAUGGUAUACUAUAUUAUUGUUUGAUAGGUGACUGUUAUUAUCUCAAGUAUCGUGCUUGCAGCCUGAUUAGUUCUACUGUCUGUCUGUCUGUCUGUCUGUCUGUCUGUCUGUCGUGACUUGAGUAUUCACGUAAAUGUAGCCAAAGGUCAUGUGUAAAGUCUUCUGAAAACAAUUUGUAAAUAGACUGUGCAACAAACACUCAGAUAUGUGUUACGGUGUGACUAACACAAAUUCAAGCAUGUACAAGUAAGAAUCGUAUGGCACCAAGGCGCGUAUGAGGGUGUUUGUCUCUGUGUGGGAGAGAGAGAGAGGGAGGGAGAGAUGUGUACGUGCCUGUGUAUGAGGGUAUGGACAUAGGUGAGAGCGUGCACAGUGAAAAAAUGUUCUUUGUUAAUGUUGUUAUUUGACAUCGCUGAAUAUGUCAAAUCAAAUAUGUUACACCAAUAUAGCUGAUGUUCUGUAACACAUAAUAACAACAACGUUUCAAUAAAUGUAUCUGAUGUUUUGGUAGAAAUAGUGACAAUGUUGAAAUAAGUAUACAUAGUAUAAUAGUGACGGUCUUUAGAGACUGGUGUACAGUAAGAAUGAUUAAAGAAAAAUACCUGGUGUAGCACUAUUUUAAUUAAUCACCAAAUAGAACAGGGGUUUUAAUAAAAGUAUCCGAUGCAACAGCAAAAUAAUAAGUGAAGAUGUUUAAAUAAUACAGCUGGUGUGAUCGUGACGAUGAGGAGUGAUUGAGGAUGUCUGUUGCAUGCAAUCAUCCUCACAGCUCAUCCCAUCGUGUCGUCUUUGCGCCCUGAGUUUGUCGCUUUUGUGUCACGUUUUUCUCGUAUUCUUUCGUUUCUUACUUAUUUCUUUAUUCCCUUUGGUGUCUUCUUCGACAAACUGUUCUUUAUCUAACUGAUCUUACUUGCUGUUAUUCGUUUUUAAUCGUUAUCGUUUAAUGUUUUUGUUUGUAAUACAGUAUUUGUUUCGGUAUUCUUGGUCUUUCCUUGUUUUCUUUAUUUCGCUAAAUUUAGCGCCUUAUUAUUUCUCUUUCUAAUAAUAGAAUUCUAAUUGUUGACAAUUUAUGUGAUACUGCUGUGUAACUUCUUCUUUUUUUUUUUCUUUUUUUUUUUUUUUUUUUUUGUUGUAGUUCGAUCUUUCAGUACAUACAUUCUCCGUUUACCAGGCCUUUUUCUUGUUUCUUACUUUUUCUGUCAUUUCCAGAACUUAUACCUUUUAAAUAAGCGACACAUUAUGCCAUUUUUGUUUCAACAAGUAUGCUAAUUAUGCAAAAAUAAAAAUGUUUUAGAAUUGUUA